GGCAAGCUCCUCAUCCCAUGCGCCCCGCUCUGCUCGGUCUACAGUGCCGCUGAUGAUGGCGUACGUGACGCGGUACAUCUUCGGCACGGACAAGCUGCGACCCAACUCGUUCGAGGUGCGCGGGCUCAACGGCAGCUCCACGGGCGUGGUGCAUGUGGACGACGCACUCGUGCUCAGCCAGUGGCUCAAGCACAUUACGGACAACACGGUGGGGCUUACGCACCUGCAGAUGAAGCUGUACAACCGAACGCUACCCGAGCAGCUAGAGUACAUGGGCUGGGUCAACGAGGGCGUCCUCAAUAACAACCAGCCGUGGCAGAACUACAAGCCGAGGUUCAUGGCACUCAGGGGCACCGAUGUUCUCUUUUUCGACACGCCACCGCUGAAUGUGGCCGACCUGGAUCAGUGUGCGGUCCAAUUCAAGGUUUACAACUGCAUGUUCCGCGUCAUCAAAGACUCUGAGAACGUCGACGAGCGGCAGCACUGCUUCCUCAUCCAGACGUCGGGUCACGACAGCCGCUACCUCAGCGUGGAGACGCGGCAAGAGCUGCUGAGGAUCGAGAAUGCUUGGCACCAGGCCGUCUGCUGCGCCGUCAUGAAGCUCGGGAGCAAGACCUUCACAGUGACCACCUCCUCUGGAAAGACCGCCGGUUUGACCCUCGACUGGAACAUGGGCUUCGCGCUCUUCGAGCAGGAGAACAAGGCUGCUCUCUGGAAGUACAAGUUUUCGCAGCUCAAGGGAUCCUCCGACGACGGCAAGGCCCGCCUCAAGCUACACUUCCAGGAGCCAGACACUAGACUGAUCGACACUAAGGUGCUGCUCCCAAUAAUAGCCAUUGCAUUUGAAAGUUCUGCGUUCCAAAAAAUAUUCCAAUGUUGCUUUAAAAAAAAACACUUUAAUUUCUUUAAAAAU